AUGUGGGAGGAUUCAUGUGAAGAAGGUAAGACCCUCUUGAACCCUGCCUCCAUCUCUAAGCUUUCUUUGGCUAUCACUGAUUUGUUCAAAGAUUUUCCUGAGGAACUCAUACCUGAAGUCCUAAUCAGACUACCCAUCAAAUCUGUGCCCCAACCUUUAUUCGCACUUACCUCACCCACACUUAAAUUCAAUACCCAGAAUUCCACUCACCUCCUACUGCUCCACUCUGUGUUUAGUGAUGAUGAUUGCUGGUUUUUAAGAGAAACCCCCAUCCAAGGGUUUAAAGAGGACCUUUACUCUUUGCAUUAUGAAAACCCUGCUUUUGGGGAGUAUUGCAAGAUUGAAUUUCCAACUGGGCUCAAGGAAAUAUUGGAGAAUCCGUGUUUUCGUGUUGUGGGUACUUGUAAUGGGUUGGUUUGCCUUGCUGAUGAUGCGGUGUCUUAUUCUUAUAACUUUGUUAUAUGGAACCCUUCUGUGAGAAAGUAUGUGACCCUUCCUAAGCCCCUUAUUAAGCUCUCUACUCAUGGUGACUAUGAUGCUUCUAUUGGUCUUGGUUAUGAUGCUGUGACCAAUGACUAUAAGGUUGUGAGGCUUGUCACUCUUUUUGAUGAAAAAGACAGCUUCUCUGGAUGCCCAACUAUAGCUCAGGUGUAUUCACUGGCCAAGAAGUGUUGGGGUGGGCUUAAUUCUGAUCUUCCUCCAUGUCAAAUGCAUGGCUGCUCGUCCGAGGCUUUUGUUAAUGGAGCACUUCACUGGUUGGCUUUCCGUCUCACCGGUGGUGAUUAUAUCUACUUCGUUUUGACAUUUGAUGUGAGCACUGAGUCAAUUCGAGAGAUAUUGUUGCUGAAGAACUUCAUAUUGGAUCCGUCAUUGGCCUUGCGAUUGUCUGUUUCUGGAGACCAAAAAUCCAUUGCUCUGUUUGCAAGGUGCAAGAGUGAUACAGAUUGUUUUCUUGAUAUAUGGGUAAUGCAAGAGUAUCGCGUGGAGAAUUCGUGGAUCAAAUUGAUGAUGCUCACUCCACAAGGUCCGGAAAGGAGUUUACCCAUGGCGUUAUGCUUUAGGAAGAGUGGAGAAAUGGUGUUGGUACUUGAAGAUAGCUGUGAAUUAGUUUCAGCUGACCUGCAGAGCAAACAGUUCAAAAGUCUUGGGAGUUCUCAAGGUCAGCUGUGCUCUGUUGACUCUUAUGAAGAGAGCCUUGUCUUGCUUGACUGGAAGGAUGCAGCUUCUUACUGAGGGAAAGAAUACA